UGCUGCUUGACCAUUUUGCUCACCCACUGGAACCACGGGCUUCUGGGGAAACAGGGGUUAACUGUCGGUUCAAUGAGAUACCUCUCGGUCUUAAAAAUCUCCCCUUUACAGAGACAGCGCAGUUCGGACUACAGCCGCAGUAAUGAAGCCUGCUCCGCAGCCUCGCGCAGAGACACCACGGUAACCGACAGACACGACAGACCGGCGGCGGGGUCUGUUGCCCCGGGUGCUCCUUGGUUUGCUGCCCCUGCGUCUUCCUGCCCCGGACAUGCGAAGAUGUGCAGGAUAAUAAAGGCGCGUCAAAGAUCAGGGAGCCGGAUCGAUGCUCUUAUCGGUGAUCAAGGAGACGCGCAACGCGACGGAUUUUUCGCGUGAGCUCUGGAAGAAUUCGGUUCGGCUUGUUGGUGUCAGGAUGAGGAAACCCAGAGUGAUCCGCAUGGUUUUUGCCUUGAGUCUGGGAUGUUUCAUUAUGGUCAUCUUUUACUUUAACAGCAGUCUGAAACCAGCCUCGGAGCCGUUGGGAGAAAGAAGCAGUCUGCAGAAGUCGAGGAGGAGUCCACUACAGACGCUGUACGAUGGUGACCAGGUUGAGUCAGCAGUACAGGCCAUCCAUCAGGGUCGACGGGAGCUGUUAGAAGAAGCCUGCCGCUCCUACACCCGCAAACGUAGAGUCCUCAUCCCCGAGGACCUGAAGCACGUCAUCGUAGAUGACCAGCACGGCAUGCUGUACUGCUACGUGCCCAAAGUGGCCUGCACUAACUGGAAGCGAGUACUCAUGGUUCUGACGGGUGCCGCCGGGGCCCACAGAGACCCCCUAGCGAUUCCUGCCAACGAGGCCCACAUCCCAGGAAACCUCCGUACCCUGUCGGAGUAUUCCACCUCCCAGAUUAACCAGCGCCUGCGCUCAUACCUGAAGUUUGUCUUCGUACGCGAACCCUUUGAGCGACUAGUGUCUGCGUACAGAAACAAGUUCACACGGAGCUACAACACGGCUUUCCACAAACGCUACGGAACAAAGAUCAUACAGCGGCACAGGCCCAACCCACAGCCAGAAGCUCUGGAGAAAGGAAACGACGUCUCCUUCGAAGAGUUUGUGUAUUACCUGGUGGACCCAGCAACGCAGCGAGAGGAGCCCUUCAACGAACACUGGGAGCGGGUGCACUCACUGUGCCACCCCUGCCUCAUCCACUACGAUGUGGUGGGGAAAUACGAGACGCUGGAGCAGGACUCCCGCUACGUGCUGCAGCUGGCCAGGGUGGAGGACCAGGUCAGCUUCCCCACCUCAUCCAAAAGCACCAGGACUACAGGAGACAUGGCGGCCCAGUUCUUCCACAACAUCAGCCCUUUUUAUCAGAAGAAGCUGUACAAUCUGUAUCGCAUGGACUUCCUUCUCUUCAACUACUCUGUACCAGCCUACCUAAAGUUUAGAUGAGGAUCACACUCAGCCAGAGACUUGUUCCAGGACAGUUUUUUUAGUUGUUUCUCUCGUUUAACAUUUUUUUUUUCAGUUUUAAGAAAAAACAAAACACUAAACUCCGUUCUGAUGCCAUCUGCAAAGACAUAUAAUUAUUUUUAGAGACAUGAUGGAGAGCUUCUGUGCUUGAGGUGGACGUCGUAGGACCUUCAAUCACAAUUUGCCUAAAAAAGGCAAAGUCGGUUUUAAUGUAAUUAAUGAUCAAAUAAACGUUGAUCAACGCUGUUUGUUAGUUUUCAUUUCUGUUUUCUGCUGUUUUAAAAAGAAAAUGUGCACGAAUAAUGUUAAGGUGCAGUCGCAUAAUGAAUAAAGUCAAACCAUAUUUAUACGGUGAAUGUCUCCUAACGUGUGUGCCUUUGAUCAUGAGCCUUAUUUUAUCUCCAGGCAACAGUGAAAAUUUUCAGAACUGUGACUCUUGUUUCCCUUUUUGUACUGUAGGAAGAGACUUUGUGUAACUAUGAUGUUUUUAUUUAUUGUCUUGUGUCUGACUUUGCAAAGUCAAACCAAAAUAGAUAUAUAUGACUUCUCUUGAGUUUUCAAAUAAAACGCAUUUCACUGA